AUGCAUCUCGGUAAAAUCAUCUUCUAUGAGGAGAGGAACUUCCAGGGUCGCAACUAUGAGUGCAGCAGCGACUGCUCCGACAUCCACACACACCUGAGCCGCUGCAACUCCUGCAGGGUGGACAGCGGCUGCUUCAUGGUGUACGACCGGCCCAGCUUCAUGGGCAAUCAGGUGUUUCUGAGGAGGGGAGAGUACCCUGACAUCCAGCGCCUGGGGAGCAUGAUGGGCAUGAUGGGCAUGUCGGGUAUGACGAUGAUGGACUCCAUUCGCUCCUGCCGCAUGAUCCCCAUGCACCGGGGACAGUUCAGGAUGAAGAUCUACGAAAGGGAGAACUUCGCUGGCAAGAUGCACGAGCUGAUGGAAGACUGCGAGUCUCUCCAGGAGCGUCUCUACAUGUCCGACUGCCAGUCCUGCAGCGUCAUGGACGGACACUGGCUGAUCUUUGAGCAGCCCAACUUCAGAGGGCGCAUGAUGUACGUGAGGCCGGGAGAGUACAGGAGCCUGCGAGAGAUGGGAAUGAGCAACAUGAUGAGGAUCAGCUCCAUCAGACGCAUCAUGGAUAUGUGCUGA